UGCUGAAGCCCCUGAACUUCACUCAGCAGACACAUCUUGUGAUUGCUGGUUUGUUUUUUCUCUGAGUCCUAUUCUUGUCUUUGGACAUAACAUGGGAACGACUAGGAGAAAGAAAGCUAAAGAGAAAGUACGUAGAUACAAAGGCAAGCAGGUGCAGAAGAGAAGGAGACAGAGCAAAAGAGCAAAAAAGCAGGCUGCCAAGAGAAAGGUGAGAAGAAAUGCAUUGUUUGCACGUAUACAGAAAGGCUGGGUCCGUUUUUCGGGAUUUCUGAAAAAGAAGAAAGAUCAGCUCCUACAUUUAUGUAGCAGAUUUCCCAGAUUUUGGCACAGGGGAAACAUGGACAUUGUUCAAGAUCCAGGGGAAGGAUGCAGCCAUUGGGCAGGCCAACUAAACAUCCGACCGGGUCAGCAAAUUGCACAAGAGAGUCGCACUUUACCCACCAGCCGCAAAUGCAAAGCCACUGUCCCCUUAACAGUGGAAAAAUUUACUUUUCACUCGCUACUUGGAAAGGGAGGUUUUGGCAAAGUGAUGCUCGCGACAGAUGCUAUUCGUAAUGAAAGAGUGGCAGUUAAGAUCUUAAAGAAGAGAGCAUUACUAAAAUCCAUAAAGAAGAGACCAUCAAUAGACCCUCAGGACAUUUUGGUCGAGAGUCAGGUCCUUCAGUUGGCAAAUGAAAGCAAUUUUCUUAUCCAUGGAAAUGCAGCCUUCCACACAGAGAACUAUCUAUACUGUGUAAUGGAACUGGCUGACGGAGGAGACCUAGCCCAUUUUUGGGAUGAGAACUUGCUGGACCUAACCACACUAAAGUUUAUAGCGGCAGAGCUGGUCUGUGGCUUGCAGUUCAUGCAUUCCAGAGGAAUAAUACACAGAGACCUAAAAUUGGGUAACGUUUUGCUUACCAAAGAAGGACAUGUGAAGAUCACAGACUUUGGUCUCUCCCUACUGAAUGCAUAUGGAGAAACAAAUGCCACAGUACUUGGUGGGACACCUGGCUAUAUGGCUCCAGAAAUUAUAACUCGUCAGUCAUACAAUGCCGCUGUAGAUUGGUUCGCAUUUGGUGUUAUGCUAUAUUUACUUGCCCUACGAAAGUACCCUUUUACCGGAGAGAAUCGUGCAGAGAUAUUCCUAAACAUCCUGACGCAAAUACCAACAUACUCGGGGCUUGAUGAUCGUGUAACAGAAGACUUUAUAUCCAAACUUCUGAUCAAGAACCAGUCCUGCCGGUAUGGGGUAAAUGGCAAUGUGCGAAAACACCGCUUCUUCUCUUCAAUUAACUGGAAGAAGAUAGAAACUGGAAAAGCAGCAUCCCCAGUAAAACCGCACAAGAACUCCAUGGAUGCAGAUGAAAAACAACAAAUUCCUGCGCCCAACAGUGAAGCAUUAAAAAAGCCAAUUGCUGCCAAGAACCAAAGCAUUUUUAAUAACAUCCAAUUUGUUGGCCCUAAAUGGAGUGAAACAUAUCAUAAUGUGCCAAUGGAAGAAGAUCCUAUCUCACCAGAGGAUUAUGGCCUGCUUGAAGCCUGCCUCGAACUCUGCUAACACCUUGGAGAUGCACAGCUCUGUCACCUGCUUCGUCUACCAUCCGCCACCUACUUGCCGUGUCCUCGGCUGAGGACGCACUGAGAGAUGGGGAUUAGGGCUACUGGCGA